UGUCUGUCCCUCCAUAUAUUUUCAGACUCCCCCAACGGUUCCUUCUCCCUUUUAUUUGGUCUAGUUUAGCCUCGUGACCUCUUCCCCUCUGCAAGACCUCUCUGCCACCCUCCUCUUUUUUGCUCCGAUUACUCACUCCUGGUUUCCUUUAUUAGGCAACUUUCCUUUCUAAGAUAUUUCCCAUUCGAUUUGCCCAAUCCCCAGUUCCCAUCCAACUUUGAAUUCUCCGAGUUCGUUCUUUCCUUCUUCUUGGUUUUGGGAAUACUCUGUUCUCUGAGAAACUGAUUUGAUUGAGCGAGGAAGCGUGUCAAUUGCGAGCCUUUCCUUCUUCUUCCGAGGUUUGUUUCUUGGGUAGUUGAAAGUUGAAACCCAGUCAUGGGGGGAUUUUGAUUCCCUUGUUCUUAAUUGCGAGGUUUCAAACUUCAAUUUCUCUAGUGCGUUCCUGUUUCUAUUUUAUUCCAAAAGCUUCUGGGCUUUGGCCUUUUCCUAAGUUUCCUUUCGUUUUUUUUUCACCUAAAUUAAGACCCUUUUGUUUGUUGUACUUUUCAGUUCAGGGUUUAGGGUUUUGUACCUAUUUUCUUUUUCGUCCUUCGAAACUUUUGGCUUUGUGGACCUUAAAGUUUUCAUUUAGCGAACCUUUCUGGCUUUUAGUCCUCAUUUCAGUUCCAUGAGUUCAAAUCCUGUGUUUUCUCAGGGCUUAAACCCAACCUGAAUUUAGGCAAAGUUCCAAAAUUCAACCUUGAACUUCGGUUAGUGUUCCUAGAAAUCAUCCCCAAAUGUCUUCGUGUUUUAGCGGUGGCGGAAGAACCUAUGCAUUUGAGCUUGACAUAGUCAAAUCCCCUUCCACUUCAACCCGGACUUCCCAAAUUUCCUCCCCUUCCUCCACCCUCUCGGAAUCAAGCAAUUCCGCCCUCGCAAUCUCAACCCGAAAACCCCGAACUCCUCGGAAACGUCCCAACCAGACUUACAAUGAAGCCGCUGCAUUACUCUCCACUGCUUACCCCAACAUCUUCUCCACCAAAACCCUCACAAAUCCUCGCAAAUCCACCAAACCCCAUGACUCCUUCCUCGACCCCUCAUCUUCUGAAUUACUCCUCCCUCUCCGACUCAUCGACAAUCCCGCCACUUUUCUCCUUCACAACCCAAUUCUGGAAAAACCCAACUCCCGUUUCGAGCCGAAAUCCAUCAAUUCGUUCGAAAAGUCCUGCAACUCUCCCGGGGAAUUCAACUCCCCGGUGAACUUCGACUCCAAUCCCAACUCCUCCAUGGAGAUAUGUGACGACUUCGACGCGGAAUCGAUGUUGGACGAGGAGAUUGAGGAGGGUAUUGAUAGCAUCAUGGGGAGUAGUACAACCAGCAUGAACAUAGACUCGGUCGACGAGUCGUCCACUACUACUAGUAGUGACCAAAUGAUGAUGGGUUCAUGUUAUGGCUACCCAAUGGGGUUGGGAUUUGGCGGGAACUUGGAAUUCGGGUUCGGAUUCAGACGAGGAGGAGUGAGGCCGUUGAGGCAAGUUGACGAUGGGGUGAACUGGUGGAGUUUCCCCACCGUCGAUGUUCUUGAAAUCUCGCCCAGAUUCAACAAAUCUCGGCCGUCGGCCGCGCCGCCUUCUGCGGGGAAGAAGAAGAAGAAGAAGAUGGAGAAGCUGGCGGUGGUGGAGUCGAAGCUGGCGGAGAAGAGUGGUAGUCCGAAGACGAGUCAGAGUACGAAGGAGGAGGAGGAGGAGCCGGAAGCGGAGACUAGGCAGUUGAUGCUGAAGCUGGACUACGACGACGUUUUGAAUGCUUGGUCAGACAAAGCGUCGCCGUUCCCGGAGGAGCUUCAGGGCGGCGCUGAUGGAAACGAUGUCUCUGCCAGGCUGGCGCAGAUUGAUUUAUUCACGGACGCCGGUGGAUUGAGAGAGGCUAGCGUCCUCCGUUACAAAGAAAAGCGGCGUACACGCCUCUUCUCGAAAAAAAUUAGGUAUCAAGUCCGUAAAGUUAACGCUGAUCGACGACCAAGAAUGAAGGGUAGAUUUGUGAGAAGGCCAAACUCUAGCACAAAUAGCCAAAGACAAAAGGAAAUAUGAAUGGUCAUUUUUAGGAUUGAAGCCGUAAACACUUCUACACUCUCUGCCAGUUCUCUUUUGUUGUAUCAAUUAGUUUUUCCAGUUUUUGUUAAUUUCUUUUAUUUCUUACUUUUCUCA